AUGGCCUGGUGAUUGUUCAGGACAAUUUAACCCUUGGUCUCCAGCUGCCUCACCACUGAGGGGGAACCAUUUCACUCAGUUAAGACAGGAAUCUCAGCUCAGUUUGCAGAAUUACUCUCUUACAAUGGCAGAGAAGUCACAAGGAUCUGACAAUCCUCAAGAAGCCCAGGAAAAAAGCAAGAGAAAGACCUUGAGGUCCACCAAGAAGGCAUGGGUCCCUCUGGAUGAGCAGCUGCCUCCUGGCUCCGAGGAAAGCCAGGGUCUCCCCAUCCCCACGCUGGAAGAUUUCAAACAAGAAAGUAUUCAACAGUGGCUAGACUCUGGACUCUUUGUCUCUGUAAAUGAAAACUUUCAGCAAGUCAUUGACCACACUGUUUCUUUGCAUGAACAAAGAACGGUUCAAAUGACUGUGAAAGACUACAUGAGAUCUUUUCAUCAGUUUUCAGGAACUCCCACCCUAUCCAGAGGGACCAGUUUCAACUCUUGCCAUUCUACUGCAAGUAUGCCACAAAGCAUUCCUGAAUGGCUGGACUUUUGGGAAAAUGAUCCAGUUGAAGUUCUUCUGGCUCUGGGGUUUGGUGCUGAUGAGCCAGACAUCUGCACACAGAUUCCAGACAGAUUCCUUUGUUGUGUCUCAGCUGCCAGAGGAAUCAACAUUCAUGUUUUUCAUGAAGCUCAAAAGCAGCGAAUGGACAUUGAGAACUCUAACUUGUACGGCCGUUUCCUACAGCUGGAACUCCUGGACCAUGUGACCAGUGCCUUCUCAUCUUUGUUAGAUGAUAUCAGCACCCUACAAAACAAAGGUGAUGAGAAAGCUGAAGGAGAUAGUAUGCAGAGAACCCCAGUGAGUGGGGCCAGAGAGCAUCAGAGAAGAAUGGGAAGGCUUUUAAGGAGAGCUUCAAAACAAAACAUCAGAAGAGAUAAUAACCCAGAAAUGUCUGAGUCUUUCAAGAUGAAGGACAAAUUUUUCAUCUCCUCCGAGAGACCAGGAGAGUGUGGAAAAGAGUUACCAGCAGCCUCAACCAACCACAACCAAAAUCAUUUGUCUCCUUCAGCAGAGCAGCAGUCUCUCCAAGCCUCUGAUGGCUUGAUACUUUUGCAUCUUCCCUCAGCCCGUCUGGGCAAGCAGUGGCCUGGCCCUACCCUGGUGGCCAACCAGGCUCCUUCCUGUGUCUCUGAGGGUUUGGUCAAGGACAGAACUCAGAAGGAGAACUCCGUUCAGACUAAAAAGCUCAGGAACUUGUCUCAUCUUGUGGGUAAAGAACCAGACUCCUUUGAAAUGGAAGAGAUCCAGAGCUUUGAAGAAGAAACUGGUAAUCCUCUCUGUGUGACUUCAGGAACUGCAGGCACCAGGGUAGACAGAGCCUACAGCUGUCAGUCUGACAGCAGCGGAUUCCUGGAGGAGCCCCUGGAGCCACUGCCCUUGCAGGUGCAUUCCUUGCCAAGCAGCCAGAGUGCUGCUGAGAAGGCAGGUGGAAAGGCCAGGGAUCCCAGCUGCAGCCUCCUCCCAGCACAUGACUAUCAACAGGAGGCAGACAAGUCUGACUCCAGGAGUAUGGUGAGCACAUCGUUUUCAAGCCAGGACUGGAGUGUCCUGGGAGAAAAGGCCUUGAUAUCUGUGAUGGAGGAAGAGUGUCAGCCUGAGGCCAUGGAAGGGUCACCAGAGCUGUUGACUCCAGACAUGGCCCUUGUCAAAACUUCUGCUGGGGGAGAACACCCAGGGAAAGAUAGCCACCUCUGGCAGCAUCUGCCAACCCCCUGCACUGAAUACAAGAUCACUGGAGGCACAGUAACUCCUAAAUGUGAUAAUCCUCUGGGGUUUAUGGAGACCCACAUCACAAAAAUAAAGGAUGGGUAUCUGAGGCCUAAGGGAGAUGGAGAAAGGCACAUGCAAAGCCACCACUGUGAGUCUCACAGGUCACCUGGAAAUGACCAGGCUCAAGGCAAGUUUCCUCAUGUUGACUCUGAGGCCUCAAGGGAAGAGGAAAGCUAUAGACUCUGUCCUGACACUAACAACAACUUACUAGCAGAAGAAAGUCCACUUCAGCACAUCCCCAAGCACAGUGAAGUCAUGUCCUAUUCCCUUGACCUUGUUCAAACAUCUGCAAAAUCCAUUCCCCACCUCCAUAAAGUGCUUGGAGAUACUGCCCAAGUGAAGCCAAGCUAUAGUGCUUUGGGUCAAAUACCACCUAGGACAGAAGCUGAGAUGGGAACCCUUCCUCCAUCUGCUGACUCAAACACUGGCAGCUCCACAUCUGUGAUGACCCAGAUGUCCUCUGAUCUGGGGUCAGCUGCUCAGAGUGCUGUGGCCUUGGGGACUCAUUCUAGAGGAACAUCUUUGGAAUAUACUAUGUGUGACCCUGUUGCCACAGGACCAGGUCUGGUGACAGAAGAAAGACAGUUCAAGGAUACUUCCAUUCAAACGUCUACAUGUGAGCCCAGGCCCUGGCAUUUCUAUUCAGCCCUAAGAAUAAAGACCUUGACACAUGGACCCCUCACCAAGUCUGUCUCUUUAGACACAGGCUUCCCUAGUAUCUACCCAGCGGGCAUCUGCCACACUGUUCCUGCCCAGUGCUGUGCCUGCUGUCAUCACUAUCCCCACUGCACUUGGGAAACACAAAGCACUGGGCUUGCACCCUGGGUCUGUAGGCCUUGCCUUUACUCACAUACUGAUCACUCAGAAGACCAGUUUAUGAAGACUUUGAAAGUCCUGCAGGACACGACAGUGAGGGAGCUAUGUUAUUGCACAGUCCAUGAGAUGGAAGCCAUGAAGAUGGUUUGCCAGAGUUUCCGGGAGCAUUUAGAGGAAAUUGAGCAGCACCUUAUGGGACAGCAGGCACUCUUAUCCAGAGAUAUGUCCGAGGAGGAAAGGGAGGAAGCCAACCAACUACAGACUUUACGUGAGGCCCUGAGGCAGCAGGUGGCCGAGCUAGAGUUUCAGUUAGGAGACCGGGCUCGGCAAAUCAGAGAAGGGAUUCUGCUGCAGCUGGACCUUCUCACAGGAGAACCACCUGAACACUAUACAAAUCUCCAAUAUAACUGGACAAAAGAAAAAAAUAUCCAGCCUUCCAUAUCCCUUGGAGCUCUCUCUUCUCCCAUCAAUGACCAGCAGGCUCUCUGCUCAGGCGGGACCCAACCUGCUGCCUUCGCACCACCCACUGUGGAAAACAGCACCAGGACGUCUCCUGUAUCACCUCCCCAGGCAGAAUUAGGUCCAGUCCCUUCACCACACUGUCCUGUUGGAAAAGAGGAUGUAAAUAUCUUCUUCUAAAUCCAAGCAGUUUGAUAACAUACAUGUAAAAUAUAAGAGCCCAGACCAGCUGUAGCAAGGUAAAAUAAAAUCUAAUUUUUUUCCAAGUAGAAGUAUGUACCACCUUUCAUCAGCUAUUUUUUUUUCAUAUUCUUGAAGGAAUGGGCUUACUAAAAUAUCAGAAAAAAAUAUAAAUAACAUAAAAAUUACUUCACUCAUAGUUUCUCAGUAAGGGCUAAUAUCAAUCAUAUGAUCUCUCUCUCCCUCUCUCUCUCUCCCCCUCACACCCCUUCCCUCAAUGACAGGCACCAUGUGGGGGUUCUGUUUUCACAAUGUCUGAAAAGAGCUAAACAGAAAGAAAGAAAGAAAAUGUAAAUCUUUCUCUUUAAAUCUGCUUCUGAGAAUCUGCUUUAUAGCCUUGAAAAAUUCUUGGACAGAGGGAAGUGUGAGCAGCAACACUCAGUUCCUGCCCCAGACCCUAUCUCUAGGGCAGAAUCACUGCCAAGAUCACAAUCACCAGUGAUAAGCUUGUCUUCAAAGGGAAGGCAGCUGCUUGUAUCAUCAGCCUGCUGCUAAGAAGAGAGAAGAUGCAGAUGGAGCAGUUUGUAAUACUUUGUUAAUAUGGCUGCAGCCAUAAAUCUUCAUCCCAUAAAUAAAAAGUCUGAGUACCUGGUUUUCUCUGCCAAUACUAUGUCCCUCUCUUUUACUUCUAAGUUGGCCCUUUUUCUAUCAGAAAAAAUAAA